UCUACCACUGAGUCAAUGGAAUAAUAUUUCUAGUGCUCGAGAACGUUGCAACAAAUGAUUAGAUUGUAUUUGUAGCUCAACGGUAGACCCACCUCUUGGAGGCUAAGGUUGGCUCCUUUUGAACGGCUUGAACUUUCCCGUUCCUGGUUGGAGGAGCCCGCUGUCUGUUUCCUCUGGUUCCAGCAGCCGUCUGGAAGGGGCGGGUGCUGCGAGGCUUCCGGUUCUGGGCUGACACACAAUGAGGAGCAGGGAAGACGCCAAACACCGCUGUAAAUAAAUACAACGACCACUGGAGCUGAAGAACCAUGGAGAAUCAGUGCACAGUGCAGGUGAAGCUGGAGCUGGGACACAGGGCUCAGCUGAGGAAGAAGGUGACAUCAGAAGGCUUCACCCACGACUGGAUGGUGUUUGUCCGAGGCCCGGAGGCCGGAGACAUCCAGCACUUUGUGGACAAGGUGGUGUUCCGCCUCCAUGAGAGCUUCCCCAAACCCAAGAGAGUAUGCAAAGAGCCCCCGUACAAAGUGGAGGAGUCGGGCUACGCAGGCUUCCUCAUGCCCAUCGAGGUCUACUUCAAGAACAAGGAGGAGCCGAAGAAGGUGUGCUUUAACUACGACCUGUUCCUGAACCUGGAGGGGAAUCCCCCCGUGAACCACCUGCGCUGUGAGAAGCUCACCUUCAACAACCCCACCAAAGAGUUCAGGAGGAAGCUGGUGCGGGCAGGGGGGGUCAUGGUGGUCCCGGAGGGGGCGGAGGCCGUGUCGAGGCCUAGCCCCGACUACCCCAUGCUGCCCACCAUUCCCUUGUCCGCCUUCUCGGACCCCAAGAAGACCAAGACCUCCCAUGUGUCCAAGGAGCCCAGCAAAGAGGGCGGCGGAAGCAAGGGCCCCAAACCACACAAGCUCACCAAGGAGCACCGAGAGCGCCCCCGCAAGGACUCGGAGAGCAAGGCCACGUCCAAGGGCGACAGCGACCGCGACGGGGCAGCCAAGAGCGGCCGCGACCCCUCGUCUUCCUCCUCUUCGUCAUCCUCUUCCAAGAAGCCCGCUGACGUCAAGGUGAAGGACGAGGGCGGCAAGGUGGCGCCCAAGGCCGCCUUCAAGGAGCCCAAGCUCACCCUCAAGGAGGCCAAGAUGGAGGGCAUGUCUCCUAAGGGGGGGGGGGGGCGGCGCGGGGGCGGGGGGGCCGGCGCCGCGGACCCCAAGGCCCCCGGGAAGCGGGCCUCGGCCGUGGAGUCCCCCAAGCCCAGCGCCAAGAAGCAGAAGAAGGGCAGCUCGGAGGGGCCCAAGGGGGCCGGGGCCGGGGCCUUCACCGGCACCUCCCCGCGCAUCUCCUCGUCGGCGGCCGCGGCCGGGCAGCCCUACCCCGAGAAGAGGCCCCCCAAGGAGAAGGGGCGCUGGGCCAAGACCAAGAGCGACCCCCAGGAGCUGAAGGAGCCCAAGAAGCCCCCCGAGUCAGACGACUCCAACUCGGAGGACGAGGCCUCGUCCAAGUCAGAGUCGGCCCCGUCCAGCCCGUCCAACUCCAGCUCCAGCUCCGAGUCCAGCUCCGACUCGGACUUUGAGCCGGGCCAGAAGCCGGGCCAAGGGCCCCUGCGCUCCAUGGUGGAGCAGAUCCAGUCGGAGGAGUCGGACGACGACGACAGCAGCUCAGAGGAGGAGACCCCCGUGAAGAACAACCCCAGCAACCGGGACUCUCGACUGAGCCUGGACAGCGAGAGUGAAAGCAGUGACGGCUCGCACCGGCCCGGCCACGACCCGGCCAUGCCCCCGCAGAAACACGGCUCCUCCCACAACAAGGUGUCUGGUAGGAAGAGCCCGGAGCCCUUCCGCUCAGAGAAGGUGUUGAAGAAGGGAUUCGACAAGGCCUACACGGAGGAGCUGGUGGACCUCCACCGCCGACUGAUGGCCUUGAGGGAGCGCAACGUCCUGCAGCAGAUCGUGAACCUGAUCGAGGACGGACACUUCAACGUGACCAACACCACCUUUGACUUUGACCUCUUCUCUCUGGACGAGUCGAACGGUCCGCAAACUACAGAGCUACCUGAGGCCACGGCCACGUGACAGGAGGCGGCGGGCGGGCGGCGGGCGGGCGGGGCGGCCUGGGGGCCGUCUCCACCUAAAGGAGGGGGGGGGAGGAGCCCCCGCUGCCGUAGGACAGACCUGAACUGACAGGGGGACACGGUGUCACAUGAACCGCACCCCCGCCCGCCUGCCAUGGGUGGGGCUGGGGUUGGGGGUGGGGGGGGGUGGCCCCCCCGAUAAACCAGCAGGGGGCGGAGCACUUUGGUUGGUGUUUCGUUGACAUGACGACCGGACCUCUCACUACACCACCUCUGAGCGGCGUCUGCCCCCCCCCCCCCCCCCCGCAACACAUCUCACCGCCACAUUCUCUUUUUACGUUGGUGUGUGUGUGUGUGUGUGUGUGUCAUCUUUUGUUAAACACAUGUUGUAGAAUGUCCUUCGACCACGCUGAGGCCUCGACCCCCCCCCCCCCCCCCCCAACGAGGCGGAUAGACCCGCCUCCUGGCACUCACUGCAUCGCUCCUCCUCAGACGUGGGUCGGUCGGGACCUGGGGCAGCUCUGGACCAGGGGCAGCUCUGGACCAGCUCUGGACCAGGGGCAGCUCUGGACCAGCUCUGGAACCAGGGGCAGCUCUGGACCAGCUCUGGACCAGGGGCAGCUCUGGACCAGCUCUGGACCAGGGGCAGCUCUGGACCAGGGUUAGCUCUGGACCAGGGGCAGCUCUGGACCAGGGGCAGCUCUGGACCAGGGCAGCUCUGGACCAGGGGCAGCUCUGGACCAGGGGCAGCUCUGGACCAGGGGCAGCUCUGGACCAGGGGCAGCUCCCCGCUUUACGUCCUCCGGCUGCACACCGCCCUGUGCCUUCCUGCUACUUGCAGUGCAUGUGUGUGUUUGUGUGUUUGUUUGCACUGGUGUGUGCGCACUCUGUUGUGUGGCUGUCUUCUGAGGGCCAGAAUUACAAGUAUCCCCCCACCCAUGGACAAGGUGCAGUGUUAAACGGAGCCCCCCCCCCACUGUGUCUUUGUAGCCCAGGUAUUUUUCCCGCGGUUACUUUUGUCAAAAACUGGAACGCAAAGCUGCCUUGGAAAUCCCAGGAAUUUUAAACCCACCGUUAUCCUUUAUACACCUGCUGUGGUGUGGACCAGCCCCCCCUCCCAGACCGACAGCCCC